CCCCUUCCCCUCCCCCCUACCCCCCCACCGCUUCGCCUGCCGCGGUCGGGUCCGCGGCCUUCGCUGCGCGGCUUUGCUGCUGCUGCCGCCGCCCCUGGGAGCAACUUCUCCCUCUCCCUCCCCAGCCCCGGCCCGGUAGCUGACGUAAAGAUGAGUAGCUCAGAGGAAGUAUCAUGGAUCUCAUGGUUCUGUGGGCUUCGUGGCAAUGAAUUCUUCUGUGAGGUGGAUGAAGACUAUAUCCAAGACAAAUUCAACCUCACAGGGCUUAACGAACAGGUGCCCCACUAUAGGCAGGCACUAGACAUGAUCCUCGACUUGGAACCUGAUGAAGAGUUGGAGGACAACCCCAACCAGAGUGACCUGAUUGAGCAGGCAGCCGAGAUGCUGUAUGGACUGAUUCAUGCCCGCUACAUCCUCACAAACCGUGGCAUCGCCCAGAUGUUGGAAAAAUACCAGCAGGGAGACUUUGGCUAUUGUCCCCGUGUAUAUUGUGAAAACCAGCCCAUGUUGCCCAUUGGACUGUCAGACAUACCAGGUGAGGCCAUGGUGAAGCUGUACUGCCCCAAGUGCAUGGAUGUUUACACCCCCAAGUCGUCCAGGCACCACCACACAGAUGGUGCUUACUUUGGCACUGGCUUUCCCCACAUGCUCUUCAUGGUGCAUCCUGAGUACAGGCCCAAACGGCCUGCCAACCAAUUUGUGCCCAGGCUGUAUGGCUUCAAGAUCCACCCUAUGGCCUAUCAACUGCAGCUUCAGGCAGCCAGCAACUUCAAGAGCCCUGUCAAGACUAUCCGCUGACUUGUCUCCUCCCCUCCCCCCCAACACCUCAGGCUGUGACACCAUUCCCUCUCCCCCCCUACACACACACCUUUCCAGAACCCCUAAUGGUUUUUAGUUUAAAUUAAGAAGAAGUCAUUAUUGUGGUGGUGUGGUGGGAGUAUGAAAUAAAGUGGAGGAAAAGGCA